AUGCCGAGAAACGGAAAGGGCUGCUCAUCCCGUCAUGAUCUUUCGCGCAAGACACCCCGACCAUCCAAAGACAACAAACGCCUCAUAGAGGUACUGCGCAAGCAAGCUGAUCUUGUCGUCCAGCACGCCAAAGAAACAGCAGGGCAGUUACGCGCACGAGCUACAGUGGCCGAGUCUGAGGCUGAUUUUGAAGCUGCCAAGUUGCGCGCCGAAGCAAACGAGCUUGAAGAUGCCAGUUUGUCCGCUGAAGCAGAUCAUGCGCAGGAGUUCGCUGCUAUGAAGGAUACCGAAAAGGUGAUCGCAAAGAGUGGCAAAGACAUCAAGCAGGAGGAGCGAGACAAUGAGGGAGACUUUCUGAGGGAUAGUAUGGAGGACGCGGAGGUUGAAUACGUGUAA